UGCACCCGGAAGUAGGGCGGUACUACUGGCGCUUUGCUGUCGAGUCACCUCUGUCAAGCGGGAUGGAGGAAAAGGAGCCGCUAUUAUGCUGAUAAACGCAGGAUCCCGACGGACUGAGCAUCAAUAACCGACAAUAGUUCCGUUUAAACUGAUCAUUUAUCUUUAAAUUACCGAAUUUGUCUUGUCACAGUUUGCCAAAAUGAUGGAAGAAAUCGACAGGUUCCAAGUGCCUCCUGUCAACGGAGAGACACAGCCUUUGGACCCAGCAGCGUCCUCUACUUUGGAGGCGGCAUCGGACACUAAAGGAGAGAGCGUGGCCAUGAACUACAAGCCCUCCCCACUGCAAGUCCAGAUAGAGAAACAGAGGGACCUUGCCAGGAAGGCUUCAGUGAAGAAUGGCACCGUGGGAAGUCCUGUCAAUCAGCAACCCAAGAAAAACGCCAGGACAAGGUUGGUCGUGCCAAACAAAGGUUACUCCUCUUUAGACCAGAGCCCGGAUGAGAAGCCUCUAGUUGCGUUGGACACUGACAGUGACGAUGACUUCGACAUGUCCAGAUACUCUUCAUCAGGAUACUCCUCAGCCGAGGUGAGAUGUCUGAGGGACCAGCAAAUUAACCAGGACCUGAACAUCCAGCUCCUGAAGGACGGGUACCGGCUUGACGAGAUCCCAGAUGACGAGGACCUGGAUCUGAUCCCCCCUAAAGCAGUGAACCCCACCUGCAUGUGCUGCCAGGCCGCCCCCUCCACAGCCUGUCAGAUCCAGUAGCUGCCCCACUCCUCCUUCAUCCCUAAAUGUUCUUUUUUGCCAGCUGCUGAACAGAAUGGCAUCGAGGAGGAAAAAAAAACCAAACUGUCGACUUGAAAACCAGGCAAAGGCAAAACUAAUAGAAUGGGGGCGGAGGAAACUGAAUAUGUACAGUAGCUGUGCAUGUUCCUCCUAUGGCAGGAUCUGUGUGUCUUACGUCUGCGAUGUUGGUUCAGCGGGGAUGGAUUCAACUCAUGGCAAAGACCUUACCUCGAAGAAAACAAUGCUACUUUUGUUUCCCCUUUGUUCGAGUUGUAGCUCUUGCUUGGGGAGUUUUUGUUUUUUGCAUAAAACGAUUGUGCAACAUUGCAGAAGAGGAGAAACGACAAGAAGGGACAAGAAAGAAUUGGCCAAAUUGCUUUUUUUUGUCAUUACUGUGUCAGUGGGCUUUUCCAGGCACUCCACUUCCUCUCCUGGUGUAUAAUUUGCGAUCCAAUAUGAUGGAGUAUAGGACAUUAGAAGUUUGAACGAGGCCAUUUUAUUUCCAAUUCUCUCAUUUCUUUCACCUGGUCUGCUUCGUCUUCCCCUGUAUGUGAGAACCAGACGUGUGUGAGUUUGGUCAUGCCCAGAAAAAAAAAGCAGCGUGAAUGAAACACUAGUGCUCACCCUCUCAACACUAAGCUACCAGUCAGUCUGUUAUUCUGAGAUCUUGUCCUGCUUAUAUCUGUUUUAUAUUUAGUUAUAAGAAGCAGAAAAAUGCAUGUUGCCUGUUUACACUACAUCCUGAUGCCAGAUGUGCAGAUAUUUAUUUUAAUCUACUGACCCACAGCCAACUCCGUGUAUUGAAGAAACAUUGUGUGCUUUGUAAAAUGGAACAUCGUCCAUCAUAUUGAGGUUCACCUACCGCCAUUUUAGUAGAUGUAAGGGGAGAAAAGCAUCGCAGCACACAUCGUGCAUAAAUCCAUGUCACAGCAUUCUCACACACUGAAGGUUACGUCAUAGAUUGUAUACAUGAAUGAGGGAAAUGAAUGAAGACAUAGGCUUAGAAUUGUAUGUUUUUAGUUUUAUUUACUUAUGUUUGAACUGUGGCCAAAUAAUAAUAAUGCCCCUGGUAAAGACGUGCUAAAAAAAAAUUAAUCUUUCAAAUUUCAUAAUGAAGGAAAUAAUCACAGCUGACACCACCUGAAAUAAUGCAUAUAAAAUAAAUGUAGCUGAAGAAUUUCCUAAUAUAUACAUGUAUUUUAAGUUAAACACUUUCUAGGAAUGUUUCAUUACUAAUCCCCGACUUUAGGUUUCUUCGACGUGUGAAUAUCAUGCACCCAUCCCUUACACUUGCCUGUUUGCAGCGGUGCUGGAGCUUUUCUAGUGGUUAUUUGGCAGGUGGCACAGUGGUGCAACACCCAUGCAUGCACACACACACACACACAUACACACACACACAGUCCUGAGGUCAGUUUAGUAAGACUAAUUACCCUGACAGGAAUGCUUUUGAACUGCGAAAGGAAGCCAGGGUAUCCGGACAAAAACUCCUUGCGGAAAGACUCAAAAACUGUCAUUUGGGACUCUUUAAAAUGUAAAAUACAAGAAAAGAAGCCACUCCACUGAAACAGAUGGAUUCAUAUUUAAUAAGAGUAAUUUGAGAGCAGUAGUAAAACGUGUUAUAUUAGGGUCCUAAAAAUGUAUUUUAUUUGUCCACAUCUUUACCAGGCAUGCCAAUACUUGUGUAGGGUGCAUCUUAUGGACAACAGGCUGUAGCACCAGAAACAGUUGUCAUUUCAUACUUUAUGCCAUUCUUCUUGUAGUUAAGUAUCUCAAAAAGGACUUCUUAAUUUUUUUUCUUAAGAAUUAAUGUACACUUUUUACUUAAUAUCUGAACCAAUCACACACCUCAAAGUCUUAGACUGAACAAUCUCCCUGAUAUUACACCUUGAAAAUAAUGAUCCUGGGGCGUGCCGUGGUGGCGGAGGGGUUAGUGCGACCCACAUUCAGGCAAAACGUAGCCUUGAUGCGGCUGUCGCCGGUUCAACUCUCGCACCCAACGACGUUUACCGCAUUGUCUUCCCCCUUUCCUGUCAGACUACUUUGAAAAAGGGACACUAGAGCCCACAAAAAGACCCCUUGCGGGGCGAUAAAAGAAAGUAAUGAUCCUCAUGUCCCGGUCACAUUUAAAAAAAAAAAAAAUGUAGAUGGAAACAAAUCACAGUACAGUAUGUGUCAACACUGCAGUGCAAACAUUUUUUUUUUAAAUUUGUUUAAACUUUGGAAAGUCUAAACUUGUUUACACCUUCUUUAGUUAUUCCAACUAUUCAGUUGGUAUGUUUUAGGUUGGACAUAUUGGUCCAAACUAAUCCUGUUUUUUUAGGGUUUUUACACUUUAAUACAAAAAAAUCUACGAAGCAGCAGGAACAAAAGCAACAGGAUAGUCGUUGACUCACUGAAUGGAGAUGGUGUGUACUGUACAUAUACAAAUACAUUAAGUUAUGGUACUGUAUAGUGUAAAAAUAGAGAAAAUUGUAUUUUGUUUUUUAUUGCACCUUUUUUUCAUUUGCAGAUCUUUGUUUGAGUAAGCCAUCCUAAUGACAUUAUCAGGUGUUACGGGUAGAGAUAAUCUAAAGGACUGUUAGCUACUAAUAACAAAAGAUGACAGGAGAGACAAACUGUUUCUUUGACUAUGGCGCCUUCUCUGGUUAAAAUUUUUUAAAAAGCCUUAAAAUGAUUUUGUUUUUAUUGCAAUAGUAUAUUCUCCCACAGAAAAUUACUGCAGUACUUCUUUUAAAAGCCUUAUAGUUUUCUUUUACUGAAGCACAUUGCAUCUGCUAUUAGCUCAUGUGUUAUCAUUUAGCAUAUUACCAUUUGAUUGAUCCGAUAACAGGGAUGCAGCGCAGGACUGGAGGGUAAUUGUAACGGAGAAACACUGUCAGCUUCACAAUGUAGAAAGAUUGGGGAAAUAUAUUGCGUAUCAGUAAAUAUCAGUUAUUGACCUCAACUGCAAUCGGUCAUAUCAGUGCAUGCACAAUUUGUUUUACUUUCUUUCUGCUCACUGGACAUUGUGACAAGGUAAACUUGCUUUCCUGUACAACCUUUUUGACUUUAGUUUUCCUAUAUUCUUUUUUCUCUCAAAGCUUUAAUAACUGUUCUGACCGGAGAUAUGGACCAGAAGCUAUAUUCUUGUAGUAAUUUCCUGACUUGUGUCGAUUAACACAUAUUUGUCUUUCUGAAAUUGCGAGCUUUCUUAUCUUUCCAGUUUAAUGAGGGAAACGGCCGCCUGCUACACAUUUUAUACAGCAGGGAAACAGGAAGUCAUUCAUCACUAACAAAAGUUACAAGACAACUGAUUAACUGAAGAAAGCAAAAUGUGCAUUAAGUACUUCUUAUCAUGCAAUGUUUUUCCCCACUGAAUAAAAGUUUUCAAAUUAAAAAUAGUACAUUCAGGAUGCCUUUAGUUGGAAAUUUUACUCCUGCAAUAAAAGAUGAGUCGAUUUUAAGGCUUUUAACUAAUAAAAAGGAGAGGGGGGUCCUAUAUGCUACUUUUCCAUCUAGAUCGUUGUUUCACUGGAUGUGCAUACAUGUCAUAAUUGCCGUCCCCCCGAAUGCUCAAAGCCAGUCCCGUGCUUGUUAAGGCACAGCUUUACUUACUCCUUGAGUCCAGAAUAAUGAGUUGUGUGUUUCUUUUUUUCCUUUAUUUGCACUUGUGGGAAUUAAUUUCUAUAGAAACAGGCGCUUUUUCAUCUGUCAGAUGCUUGUCAUGACAUGAUUGUGAACUGGCUCCAUUUAGAUUUGAACAGCGUUACAGUUCUGUGUAUAGUGCAACAUAUCAAAAAUAAAUAAUGGAUAUCUCAGUGCUCUGUGUAUUCUCCA